UCAUUACAAUAAUGUAUGACUGGAUUAAUGGAUAUUACGAUAUAUAAUGUAUGACUGGAAAGUAAAGUUCGAUCACGAAGCGGCUUAUUUGAUCAAUAAGUCUUACAGUAUCUGGAAAAUGUUAAAAUUUAAAAUUUGGAUUCAUCUUUUAAAUGGCGACCUUUUUUAAAGCAAAUAGAAACAGUUUUUUUAAAAACUAAUGAAUGUACUCAAUCAAUCUCAACGGAUAAACAACAAACCGAAGAUAUGUCAGUAUUUUUACUGGAACAAAUGGCGAAAGCAUCCGCAGGUGAAUUAAUUGAACAAGCUGAAUUUAAAUAUAGUAGCGAUGAACCUUCGGAUGAUGAAUGCGAAAACCAAUAUAAAAUUAAAAAACAACCGAGAAACUAUGCUGAUGCAGCAAAAACAGAACCAAAAAAACGAAUCCUACCAAAAACUCUUAUUUGCGAAAUCGAAGAGAAUUUUACCCUAAACGAAUUUUUAAAAGCGAUUGAAAAAGAAAAUCUGGACGAAUAUCUCGAAGGCGUGCAAUUUCUACGACGAAACACAGCAAUUGAAUUAGUUAUGAAAACCAACGAAGCGAGAAUAAAAUUGUUAGAAUAUGGUUUAAACAUCAACAACUACCAGCAUGCCUUUAAAAUAUCUAAUAUAAAUCGAAGGCCAAAAAUUGAAGGAAAACGUUUAAAUCAAACACAUGUCUCAGUAUUUGGCCGUCCAAUUGAGGCCAAACAGUUCAAUAUUGGAAGUUUUUUUGAAGAAAUGGGAUACGGUAGACACGUCUACACAAAACCCGUAAUGAGGACUACGCCAGGUAAAGGCACACCCUACUACUCUAGUAGUAGGGUGUGCCUUUACCUGGUAGUACUCGCUGUCAUAGAAGACAUGCCAAAGCCAAUUCCAACCUCCCUAAACAUCGUAGGCUAUAAAAUACGAACUAGGCACAACGGCCAGGAUAUACACAACCGCAUAGAAAAAACACCUUGCGAUACGAUAAACGAAACCUAUCAAGAUAAAACCCAUCAACAAUCAACAUGCGAAUUAGAACAAAGCAACUCAAAACCCGAAGAAAAUCCACCGAAAACAACAAAUGAAGAAAACAUAGAUAAACUAACCUAUUCAAAAAAGAAAAUAAACAACGUAAAUGAAAACAAAGAAGAACAAACAAAAGAAAAACAAGAAAAAGAAGAGAAGAAAGAAGCAACAAAACCAAAGAAUAACGAAACUCAACUCGAGAAAACCAAAGCAGACGAUUGGAAGACACUUGAAACAAGAAGAAAAGAAUACUACUUUGAAAAACCAACGAACAAGCAAGCAGAAGAAGAAGAAGACGAGAAAAAUCACACGAAAAACGCGGAAGAAAGCAAGCGAGCGGAAGAAAAGAACGAAAAGGGUCGAGAAAAAAUGGACGAUGACAACACGUGGCAAAAAAAACGCAGUGCACCACCACCCACUCCGCACAAAAAUGAUCGAAAAAAAAGAAUGGGAACGAGCAAGCAAAGCAACACGCUGGAAAAUGGCUAAGGUUUAUCACCUAAAAAGUCAGAGCCGCCCUUAGAAAAUGUGAGGCCUGGAGCGAAACAUUUUUGCGAGGCUUUCUUCAAAGAACAAGCCUCGUCAUUUUAGGCGCUUUGACAAAGAAAAAGUUUUUUCUCUUUUUGUCUAAAAAAGAGUUAUGCAAGUGCAAAACAUAAAUUUCAGGUUAGUAUA